AUGGCACCCGAAAUAGGCAGCUUGAGAGCCCUUGCGAACGGAGAAAGCCAGUUUGUAGGCAGCUCCUCCGGUGUGUAUUUCAUCAACACCGUCAAGCGAGCCUUCGCCACGCCGGACGCUACGGCGGCAGACACCAACCAGCAUGCUGCUACGGGGGUUGAGCCGUCCGACGAUCCCUCUCCAGAGGACUGCAUUGUUGGAGGCGGGGAGGACGCAGACAUCACGGCCCCUGGUUCAAGGCCGGAGCAUGAGGAAACCGCCACGACAUCCGGGCAGUCGGACGAUCAUGUAAUAUCAUCCCCGUUCUCUUCUACGGGGAGAGACUUCAUGGAUGGCAUGAACAACCUCCCCGACUACUCCGUGGCAAGAGAACUCGUCUUAGCAUACUUCCGCAUCUGGCAUCCUCUGGUGCCCUUUCUGCAGGGCCCUGACUGUCUUGCCGAGCUAGAGAGUCUUUAUCACUCAAACUCGCGUCCCGGCAGUCACAAGUCAAGCUCGGUCAGCCUACUCGUCACAUUCAGAUGCAUCUUCAACAUUGCCCGCCUUGAGAAAGAUGGUCCCGUCGACAUGGGCUCUACAGCAAUACGCUCUCCGUCAGAUCUCUUGCCUGUGCUCAGCGUUUUGGCUCUACGAUGCGACACGGCCUCUAUUCAGGCACUGCUCUGCGCCCAAGUCUACUUUAUAUCCACAAUGUCACUCCGCCAUGCCUCGUCUGUAAGCGGCUUGAUAUCCAAGUCAAUCUUCCAGUCGGGCAUGUACCGUUGCCCUGUCCGGUACGAGCACCUGUCUCCGGACGAGCGAUCGAUGCGGAAACGCAUAUUCUGGAGCUUUUACGUCCUUGACCGCUUCGUCAGUCAGUCUCUUGGACAUCCAAACGGGAUCCAAGACUCCGAUAUCGAUGUGUGUCCACCGGGGCAGCGGGAUCUUCACGAGCCAGUUGUGAAAUCGGGCUUGUCGCCAGGAAGCGCGGACGACACCACGCUGCACCUCCCGUCCAACCACCCCGGCAGAGUAGCAACACCUUCUGCUGGGCAGACACAAGGCAGAGACCCCUCGCCAGAAACAGAAUCAGAACAAGAAGACCAAGAACAAGACCCUGGCGCCGCCGCCGCCGCCGCUCAAAUGCCUGCCGGCGACGAGUCAAGAAGAUCGGCCGCCAUUGUUCGACAUCGCAGGGAAACACAGGCCGUCCUGGAGAAUCACGUGCGGCACUCCAAGCUGGUAGGGAGAGUCCUCGAGGUCUUUCAUAAAUCGAUCCACGCGCGACAUCUCGACAACCAGACAGUUCUCUUUCUCAAAGCCGACGUCUCUGCUUUUGGUAAUGGUCUAACACAGCCACGUCUCGGUCGGGUCGCCUCCGACAUGCCGUCACUAACACCCGACCCUACCGUGUUCCCCUUCGUCUCCUACCACUACACGGUCCUUCUCCUCAACCGCCCUUCUCUCUCCCUGGAACCGGGACGUGCCGAGUUCCAAGAGGCUCUGCAGACGUGUAUCGCCGCCGCAAAGGUCAUCAUCCAAACGAUCCGGCGGUACGCCGAGCACGGAGGCCCGCUGUUCUGGCCGGGUUACAUGUCGGCCGUUUGGAUGAGCGGGCUUGUGCUGGCUCUCGCAGCCCGGCUCAAGCUGUACAACAAGUCCAAGGCCAAAUCGGCUGUUCAUGUAGCCCUCGAGCUGUUGACAACCAUGACCGGUCGAUGGGCCAUGGCACGACACUGCAAGGAAGUCCUUUCGAUAUUGGUCGAAAGGAUUGAUGCCGAGGCAAAGGGACAUAAGCGAGGUCGAAGGCAAACGAACUUGUUGGACGACAUGGCAGAAACGCACGAGGGAGGCGGCGGUCUUGGCCGUGGUUCCGAGCAACAACAACAACAACAUCACGGCCUCGAAAGUCCCUUGAAGCGAAGAAGAACCACCGGACACAAACCUGAUUCUCGAAACUCUUUCCGCGAAGGCCCUGCGCCGAUGUCUCCUCGAGUCAACCCGAGUCAAGCCCAAGCCCCUGCCUCAAUCCCAAGAAGGCAAGCCUUUAUCAAUGCCAGGGCUCACGAAAGCCGACGCAGCCAUGUCCAAAACAAUCAUUCGCAGCAGUGCAGCACAGACAGUCCGCAAAGUGUACGGGUAGAUGAACCCCAGUUCGCCUCGCACCGUCAACCAGAAGCCAACCAGUUCGUUACUCCACCGAUUAUGAACGCCUAUGGAAACACAGCAUCCACGGGCCCUUACUUUGCGCCAAUACCAAUCACGUUUCCGGACCGUCAAAGAGAUGUGUACAACCAUUAUGUUGAUCAGUUCGAUGGGGCCGACAACUUCUUCGACAUGUUUGAUGGAGCCACGUGGGGUUCUCUGUUGGAUAUCGUCGACGGUACAGGUGGUAGCACAAAUCAGUAA